UCGGCGGGAGAAUCGAGGGAAACAAUCACGAUCCUCACGUCCCUCACGAGCCACGAACAGACGGUCGCUGCGCGACCGCCUAGACAUUAUGAGCGAGACCUCACGACUCACGAAUACGAUGCCUUCAAGCACGAUCACGAUACAACAACUUGCCUUCACCGGCUUCGCGGUCUUCGCGACGGCCUCGUUCUGCACGUCCGCCACGAUUGAGGGCUUUUUCUUCACGUUCUUCAUGGCUAGCCUCCUUUUCCCUGGGGUCUACUUCAUAGCCAAGUCGGAGCGCGAGCACGCUGCUUCAUCGACAUCGCCAUCCCCAGUGAAUUACGACACCGAACACGACCCCUCGACCGACGGCGUCGCACAUGAAGUUCCGCGCGAGGAGCACCGCGACAACUUCGUUGAAAACGGUCCUCGCCAACAAGACCAGGAGCAGCGCCGCCACGAUCGCGCCUCAAAUCAACAUGUGCGCUUCGUUGAGCAUUUCGAUGAUUUCGAUCGUCGUGAGCGACACAAUCCCUCCACACGUUGCGGCACACGGAGCACUACCGAGUCUCGCUAUAGCCAGGAAUCCCCUGAGCGUCCCGAGCAGCAGGAUCUCCCCGAUCCUCAGCAGCAGGAUUAUCCAGAUCUUCAGCAGCAACACGAUGGCCGCACCGUCGAGGCCCUCGAGCGGGCACUCGCUGCCCGGGUUGAGGAGAUCGCUGCCCGGGAUAGGGAGAUCGCUGCCCGAGAUAUGGAUAUCGCUCGUCUCCAGAUACAACUUGCCGCCGAGCGGGGCCGUAACGCUCCUGUCAUCCCUACCCUUCCUCCCGCGCAAAAUGGCGCGUACGGCCGACCGCAACGAGCGGCUCAUGCGGUCAACGAGCCACCCAUCCGUCUUGUCUCCGCUCUCGAGUUGGGUGGCGCCACCGCUACUGGACAGCAGAAUAUUUCCGAGGCGCAGAUGUCGACCGGCGCCGCUCACGAAGAGCAGCUACAUCAGGCUCCCCAGACCGCUCGGGAGAAUGGCGCUCCUCCUUCAUCGUGGGGUCGGUUUUCCAACAGCUCCAUACUGCCAAGGUAUGGUGCGAACGAUCCGAGCGUUCCCGCCUUGGAGGACCGGACUCAGCGCCGCGAGACGCACUUCCAAAACCACAAUUCGGCCCUCGCUAGCGCUCCAAGCAGCAUUGCGGAGCGUGUGGAGGCGCUCAGGCGACAAGUCCCACAGAGGGAGGGGCGGCCGGGCUGGUUCGACACCAGUGCCCCAGCUCAGACCGAAAGCGUCGGGCGGCAGAACCUGAACGUCGGCAUGGAGGAACAGCUUGCUGCUCCUGGAAAUCGUCAGCAGAAGCAAGCACGUCCUAGAGAAGCUGCUCGCCAAGCUGCUGAGCGUCGCUUCCGUGAAGCGCUCGAAAACAUCCGACCACGCGAGGGACCCCACGGUCAGCAAGCGCGAGGACUUCCUCGACUGCCGCAGGAUAGGUGUUUUCCGCGAGAUGCGUGGCCAGUCGUCGGACCCAGCCUGCUGACCAAUGCAACGACAUUGCCCGCGCCAUCACCUACAAGCGCCGCGCCGAGUGUGGCUGCUCCGUAUCCUCCUAGGCCUCCGCGCGCACCUCAGCCGAAUGUCAACCCAGUGCGGCCUGAGCGUCCCAUGGUGAUAAACCAGUUUAGGGACUCGCGCGUUCAGAUUCCUGCACUGCAGCCGGUCGAUGCGACGUCUGUGUUUUUCAACGACUCGCCCGUGCCUCCGCCGUAUCUUUCGCGGCUGUCACUUCCGCCUGCUGACGUUGCUCCGCGCGCUCCUGCGUCUAUGCCAUCCCCCGCUGGUCGGGGGCUCGCUCCCGACGCUGUACGUGGCAGCUCAAGCUGCGAUGCCUAUGUCGCGGGUCCUGGCCCUCGUUUUGGACCUAUAUAUGCGCGCAGGCCUCCUCCUGGCUUCGUACCUACCUCAUUCGUACCCUUCUCAGGCGGGAUGAGCGGUACCAGCAACGACGUCGCUGACGGCAAUACCGAGCAUCACGGUGGCGGCAUGCAGAGCAGGACCGGCGCCUCGAUUGCGACGCCGUCUGCGAUCAACAUCGUUCCUGAUCCAAGUCCUAUCCCAAGCGUUGACGGUAUAUCUCAGCCCACGCCUGCUUGCUGCGACCACAAUACCCCAUCCGGCUUCGUUCCCUCCGAGUUGGCUGCCGUCACCAUGAACCAGCCUGAGCAGAGCGUUGCGCGCUGUGCCAGGAGCGUUGGCGAAGGAAGUAUCGGUCGCGCGAACACCGCUAUAGGUGCCAACGCUCUGCAAGGUCCAUCGGAUCACCGUUCUGGUGGCGAGUUCUCCCCGUUCUGGCUGACCGUGCAUUGGGCUCAGAACAGAACCAUCUCCGUCCGGUUCGAUUCCUCCAUCGUGGGCCCAAAGGGACCGUCAACUUUCUAUAUUCACGACGGAGCUGCAUUGGAUGGCGCCGCCUCAACUGUCUUCAAUCUACUGGGCGGCGCGUGGGAUCCCUAUCCCGGUGAGGAUGACAAGCGCCCAGCGUUGUUCGUGCGGGCGAACAUACAGUCCCUCGCACCAGUCGACGCUUUCCUUCGCAUCCUUGUGGCAAGAUCUGUUUUCUCUCUCCGGCUUUGGAAAAAGAUCAGGAUACAAAUGCCCGAGAUACCUAUGGAACGGUCCAGACAGGUACAGUUUGAUACUCCCACCAAUCUCAACACCCUCGCCUUCCCCUCCACCACGAUCAUCUACUCCGGCGCUCCUGAGAACGUGCUCUACCCGUGGUCCUCCAUCAUUGGCCUCUCUCGCUAUCAAGUGCGGAAUCUUGACAUCCGGUGCGCGAUCACGCAAGAGGAAUGUAUGGCGAUUGCUGGAAGUAGUGCGGAAUACAUGAACGGGAGGGUGGUGCGGUGGGUGCCCUUGCACCUCCGCCUUGUUCGCAUCAUCCCUGGAAGGCAUCCUGCGGGAAGGCGCGCUACAUUCUUUUCGCGUCUUCAAUCCCUGCAUGUCUUGCAAUCUGAUCCCGUACUGACCGCAUUUCGUGACCAGCUUCUGGAGGAGGGUAGGAGGUGUGUUCGGAACCAUGUCGAGUGCCUUGUAGUGUAGUGUAUCACCCUGUCCUCGUAUUAUGAACCACAUUGUAACGUAUAUAUCAUGUUGACAAAACAACUGUACCCAAGGGUGCAGACGUGAGGCGCAC